GUCUUUCUAGGGAAACAGCGUGUAGGGAAAGGUGGGAAUCGGCCCGGGUAUUUUUCUCAGCGUAAAGAUUUGAGUUUUUCUCUGAGUGUAUUCUGUCGCAAUAAUCCAAUUGAGUGUGUGUGUGAUUUUUCUGGAAUUAUGUAUUGUGGUAAUCGUAGCUCAACCAUGUUCAAAGAUAAAAAAAAAACAUCACGGUACGAAGUAAACACUGAUUAUAUCUUAUAGAAUAUUAAAAAUCAAAAUGUGGUGCUACAUAUGAUUGAAUUGUUAAAAAGGCCGCUAUGUACGGUGGGAAAUAUAGAUAAGCCGAACAAAACCUUUAAUUAUGAUCAAUCAUCUGUGUCAAGAAUAUAUAAAGAACACCAAAAUGAAUGAUUUUGCUAUUGAUAUCAUACCAAAGGUACAGGUUGAAAUAAUGAAGCACGUAGUAGUUGUGUUCGCUUGCUUAUUAACCAUUACUCAGUCUCUGCCUUUUACGAUACUAUGUGAAGAUUCAGAGAAAGAACAUCAACGUAUUUGUUGGUUAGAUGCGGAGCAACUUAACGCUAGACAUACAGAAGAGUCUUCUUUUUCUUUUGAUUAUCCAAUGGAGCAGAAGCGAAAUUCUGAAAUAAGUAGUGCUUUGAACAUGUUGUAUGGUCGACCGAACAUAAAACGAAAUCCCGAACUUUCUAGCGCUUUAAUGAGUUAUAUGAGAAAUUCGGGCUACAGAAACUGAAAAGUUUUAUGUAAAAUGUCAAGUAUGCUGAAAAUAAAAGUAUUUUAA